AUGGUUUUAAGCACAAAUUUGUUUGUUUCUUUGUCUGCUUGUUUCUUUGUCUGCUUGUUUCUUUGUCUGCUUGUUUCUUUGUCUGCUUGUUUCUUUGUCUGCUUGUUUCUUUGUCUGCUUGUUUCUUUGUCUGCUUGUUUCUUUGUCUGCUUGUUUCUUUGUUUCUUUGUCUGCUUGUUUUCUUUGUCUGCUUGUUUUUUUGUCUGCUUGUUUUUUGUCUGCUUGUUUUUUGUCUGCUUGUUUCUUUGUCUGCUUGUUUCUUUGUCUGCUUGUUUUUUGUCUGCUUGUUUCUUUGUCUGCUUGUUUUUUGUCUGCUUGUUUUUUUGUCUGCUUUUUUUGUUUUGUUUUUUGUCUGCUUGUUUCUUUUGUCUUGUUUCUUUGUCUGCUUGUUUCUUUGUCUGCUUGUUUCUUUGUCUGCUUGUUUCUUUGUCUGCUUGUUUCUUUGUCUGCUUGUUUCUUUAA